AUGGGACCGAGUUGGGGAAGCCCUUAAAAAGUACAAGAAAACAUAUAUAGAAAUAGACAAUAUUUGCAAGAAGAGAAAGAUGCUUAAUUAACUCCUUAAAAAUGCCCUCAUCUAAGACAUGUGAAACAUUUUGAUUUUAUUUACAAAACUAUUAAUCAAGAUCGAGAAACCGUCUAGAUGAUCACAUUCGAAUGCUACCCUGAUUUUACAAAAUUGAAAAGUCUUGAAGAACUCAGUAAUAAUAAUGAGCUAAAUCCAUACCAUUUUAAGGAAAUAUUCAAAUAACUUAUCGAAGGAUUAUAUGAAUUGCAUACAAACAAAUUAUUUGGAAGAUGUUUAUCUUUAGAAUGCAUUACUUAUGUAAAAGAAACCAAUUAACUUAAUUAUGGAUCUUUUGGAUUUUUUCACUCAGCAGAUCAACUGUAAUUUCCUCCAGAAUGUUUAUAUAAGUUGAUGAAUACAUAUGAGGCAGAUUUUUGGUAAGUGGCUAAAAUGAUGUGGUAAAUGUACAAAAAAAAGAAAGAUUAUUAUGGUAAAUAAAUAGUAGAAUUAGGAAAGGAUUUGUUAGCACAUAAACAAAUAGAUUAAAAGAUAGAUGACAAAAAUGAGCCUAAAGAAGUGGUUAGGGUGGUAAAUUCUCUGCUCUCUUUUUAUUGUGGACAAAGAAUGACUAUUGAGGAAUUGUUGGACCAAGAAUGCUUAGAUUUUGAAGUAUAAAAAAGAGAAGAAAUGAAGAAUUUUUAUCGAACGGAUCCAUUUGAACUUUAUUUCUUAAACCUUAUGAAAAUAACACGCUAGAGGGAUUCAUAAAAAAUCUUUGUUUAUUAUAUUGAUCUUGAAAGCCCAAUUUGUUAGGAAUAUAGAAAAGAAAUAUUUUAAAUUCUAUUAACCUAUAUAGCCUUAUAAUUGUCUUUACAUUACCCAAAUAAUAAUUAAUAGGCAGUAGAUAGAUAUCCAAAACUAUUAAGCACCUUAUCAAAAUAUUUAACUAUGAGUUCAAAAAUUUUGAAAGAUAAACUUGUGCUCUAGGAGAAAGGAUUUUUGGAUAACAGAAAUAAAUUUUUAACAUUUCGUGAUGAAAUAGUUAAAUCACAUGAUUAAGCAUACAGGUUUGAAAAAUUUGUUUUAAAAUAAUGGUAGUUGGAUUUCUAAGAAUUAAAAGGUUAUGAUGAUGAAUAGAUUAUUAAGAUAAUUCAUUUUAAAUUGUAUCAAUUCAAAGCCUCAGCAGCUAAGCCUAAAUCCGUAUCUUAGAAGAUCUUAUUGAAUUUGUUGUGUAAUUUAAAGGUGAAUGAUGAUAACUUUAAUUCUGGUAACUUCAAAGAGGAUUUAUAAAAUUUGCUUAAAUAAUUUUAAUUAGGCAAAUGA